UUCUCGUUCACUGACACAAGCAUGGACAACCUGUCGCCGCCGCCGCCGCCGCCACCGAAGCCCCCGAAAUCACAGUCUGGCUUUCGUCUGGGUCGUUGCAUCAGAGCGCUGCGUGUCGACAUAAAGGGCAUCUUGCGCGGACCAAGUCUCACGCCGAACUUCCUCAUCAGCGAUAUCGUCGGAUUCCUCCUCCAUUUGGCCCUUGCGGCCGACUGGUCCGCCGUCUGGCGGCGGAAGUUAUUCAGAUCCGUGCCGCUCUCGCGCGCCCUCGCGGACAACCUCUACGAUUUUUGGGUCGCCUUCCGAAAGGAACGUUGGCACAAGGAGGACCACGCCGAGGCGAGGAUGGACAAGUGGUGCCCGCACCUGUACAGGUCGCCGCCCCCGCGGCUGCGGUCUUACCGCGAGAUCCUCAACCGGCAACAGGCGUUGAAGAACUGCUGCGGCGCCCAGCUGCACGGCCUGGAGACGCGGGACGUGGCGAGGAACAUGCUGCUGCAGGCCGGUCUUGCGUUCUGUUGGGCUUGGGCGCUGUUCAGUGACCACAUCACGCUCAUCCGGCUGUUGGCUGCGAUCGAGAACGACCGCAAAGUUUACCGAGACAAGAUCGAGGCGUCGACUCCGCCCGUGUUCCGCAAAGGAGAAGACCCGAUGCCCGUGGCUCGGGGCGGACAAUCACACAGCAGCUUGAGAAGAGUGCAGCGACAGAUCAGCCGCGGCCACGACCUCAUCGACAAGUUUGUGGAGCUGGAGAUGUGUGAUGUCGGAAAUGACGCUGCCUGGGUCGAGACGGAAUGGUUGUCGGAGAAGGACGGUGUGAUUCCCGCAGACAUGGUGGUCAACGCAGAUCUGUUCCUCGUGAACCGUGUCGCCUUCUCGGCAGGUUUGUCUUGGCUUCUGGUAUCUAUCAGCUGCGACUUUGCGACAUUUUACCUCCUUGUUCUAAUACUUCGUGUCAAGAGUCGUUUCAUAUAGGU